AUGGCAGCAGCAACGCUACACCCGGUUGAAUCGGCGCACGAUAAACCUCGCACAUCCGAAACUCUAACGACUCUGGAAAAGUAUGGGUACAUUGUGGGAGAUAUCAUCGGCAGGGGAGCGUUUGCAACGGUAAAAAAAGCAUACUGGCAGAAGAUGGGGGUCACGGUGGCGGUAAAAAUUGUGUCCAUCGCACAGUUGGGAGACACUUUAGUGGAAAACGGUAAACUACGCGAAGUAGAGGCCAUGCAAAAGCUGCGUCAUGAAAAUAUUAUUCGGUGUUACGAAUAUUUCCAAACCAAUAUGCGAUACUACAUCACAAUGCGAUACGCUGAGAAUGGAUCUUUGCUAAAUUUGUUAAAGAAAGAGGGCCACCUGAAGGAACCGAGAGCACGCCGCUACUACCACGAGUUGAUCAAUGCCCUGCAAUAUAUUCACACGCACGGUUAUGCCCAUCGGGACAUUAAGCUAGAAAAUCUUAUGCUCGAUGCAAACGAUCGACUAAAGUUGAUAGAUUUCGGGUUUGCGUGCCGCCUGUGGGAAGACGCUUCUGAAUCUUCCAGCCAGGGGGAACCACACCUCUCGGAAACGUUCUGCGGGAGUCAUGCGUAUGCCAGUCCGGAGGUGUUGAAGUUCAAACCGUACGAUCCAGUACCGUCAGACAUUUGGGCGUCCGGUGUCGUGCUCUUCUCGCUCUUGUUUGGUGAACUACCAUUCUCCAACAAACGAAAUGUCCGCGUGAUGCUUGAGAUUAUAGCAAAAGGUGUUCAUUUUCCAUCAACGGUGCGCGUGUCGGAGGAGGUGAAAUUAUUACUGAAACAAAUAUUUGUUCCUGUCAGCCAAAGGAUAACGGGUGCGCUUAUACAACGAUCAUUGUGGUUCUUCAUCGAACUGAUCGGAGAUGAGUCAUCUCGACGCGCGAAAGUUAUGCACGGCACAGAGAUGAAGGACCACACGCAAACCAAGCGCCAGAAGUUGAAUAGGGAUUAG